UUUGUUGGUUAUCCUAUGGAAGAUACAGCUGUUACCGGCCUUGUUUUUAAAAUGCUCCUGUUCUCUGAGCUUUCGGCCGCUCGAGUCAUAUCGAAAAACAUUAUUUGCAUUAUACAUAUUUAAUAAUGAGUGCCAUAAAAAGUCAUUAAAAAUCUGAAAUAAACAUAAGUGACACUUGAAUGAACGUUUCAACAGUUUAUAUGUUUUAGGAUACGUAAGGAGGUUAUAUAAAUUAGGAUGCCUGCUGGUAAACGAGCUGUACAGCAUUCUGUGAGGCUAGAAGAGCUGAAAAAGUUUAAAGAAAUAUUUGAUGAAAAUGAAAACUUAUUACCAAAGUCAAAUGCAAUUUGGACUCAAGUUAGUGAAAAACUUGACGUUAAAAGAAGGAACAUAUAUGAAUAUGUUCAUCAAGACAGACAAAAUGUUAAAACGAACCUACUAAAAUAUUUUCGUGAUAACGAGAAUGCAAAAAAUGCAACAAAUUGCAAUGAAAGAGAAGAAAAUGAGCAGAAUGAUAUAAAUUAUAAUCUAAAAAAUAAUGAUCAGAAAUAUAGAUUGAAGCAAUGUAACAAAGACAGCUAUAAUAACGAAAGCUCUGAAGACCAAAACAGCUGUGAAGAAAAAAGCUCUGAAAAAAAAGUGUAGAAAAAACUGAUCAAAAAUACUUCAAUGUAUUAGAUAUGUUGCAUCAAUUAAGACUAGAUAUGCAAUUUAAAAAAUUUAUACGUCAAAUCAAUUAUGUAUAUUUUUACUGUAUGUGGUGGAGUCCAGAACAAAUACAGUUUUACAGAUCAGUUUUAAGAAAAAUUAACUAUUUAGAACUAUUGGUAUUGGAAGAUUGUGUUAAUGAAAUAAGUAUUUCAAAGAAUACGAGUGGAAAGAUAAAUUUAUGUACAAUUGUUGGAGCUUCUGAUUCAAGUCAAGUGUUUUCAUUUUGUCAAAUGCUUUCAGAAAGUUUUGAUAAAUUAUAUCUGUUCUUCUCAGAAUGGAUAAGAUCUGGUGCAUCGAUACCUGAAGAAAUUCUUUGUCCUCCUAUAUACAAAGUUUUAUCCGCUGUUUGUGAUGCAUUCAAUGGAUCAAUUACUUAUGAGCUGUAUCUUCAGCAAUGUUUUCUUGUUCUUUCAAAUUUAUUGGUUUCUAAUCGUUUACCAAAGUUCACAUUUCAUAUACCGAUCACAAGUGUCCUCACAUGGAUGGAAGAAUUAGAGUGCUUUAAAAAGGAUAGUAUAAAAAGAUUCUAUAUGCAUAGUAUUUUAUACUUAAGUUCAAUACACGAAUGGGAUGGGCUUUUGAAUGCUUUAAAAGAAAUAUUUAUUCUUUUACUAAGUGAGUGCGAAAAUGAGCAUGUCAUUAGAUAUAGACAAAACUUAAUUAAAAAAUUUGAAUCACAGGGUGCAUUAAACUUUGAUAAGACACAAAUUGGUAACAUAUUAGAUAUAAUAAAUACAAAAGUACCUGAAAAAUUGACAGAAUUUUUUGAACAACAAAGCAAAGACAUUGAAUCUUUAUACAGUAGUGGAGAAAGUUUUUAUGACAUACUAAAUGCCUAUUUGUGUAAAGAGUUUACUAACUAUUUAAUUAAAUGAUGCACUCAUUUUCCAUUAUGAACCUCUUUAUUAAAAAAUAAAUUCAGUCGAUUGUCAUUGGCAUCCUCGUAUGUGGCCGUUACUACUACAAAAAAAAAAUUUUAAUGUUGAUCAAUACAUUCAAGAAAAUAUUAAAAAACUAGAAAGUGAAAUUCGAAGUGCAAGAAUAGAAUUAUCUAGCCAAAAAUCAUUAAAAAAAUCUGAGAAAAAAAAUUUAAAUGAAAGUUAUUUUCAUCAAAAUGAAAAUUGGAUGGGUUUAGGUAAUGAAAAAUAUGAUUUCUGUAUUGAUGAAAAUGAAACACUUGAAACCUUAGAUGACGAAUCAAGUUUUAUGCAAAUGUCAGACCUCUCGGUAUCUCAUAAAAAAGAAUUGCAUAAAAGUGAAAAUGAGGCACUUGAAGUAAUCGAUCAUGAAUUGACUUAUAAUGAAGAAUUGCAUAAAAGUGAAAAUGAGGCACUUAAAGUAAUUGAUCAGGAAUUGAGUUAUAAUGAAGAAUUACAUAACAGUGAAAUUUUAGACAUUAUAAACUCCAAUUUAGAAUCUUCCGAAAGUCUACCAUUUUAUGAUACAACUGAAACUAAAAUUGUUGAAAAUAGUAAAUUCCAAUCAAAGUUAUUACCUGUAUUGCAUAAACAAGAGACUUUAAUUAAUUCAAAACUUGAGAAAACUACAGAAGUACAGAUAAGAAACAUUCAACAAAAAAAAGUUACUACACCGAAUAUCACUAAAAGUUCAAGUAAAACUAUUAUUAAAACUCAAAAUCAACCAGUAGAAUCUUGUAUAAUUCAAAUAAAUGCUAUAGACUUAUCUCAACACACAUUUCAGAUAAAUGGAAAUAAGAUGGAUCGCAUAAAUUACAAUGAUGUAUUAAUUUCAGUUAUCCAUACCUGUCCUUUUGAUAGCAUAUUUGAACUUAUUAUUCUUACGGUACAAAAAUAAAAUGAAAUGCAGAACUUAUUAUAUAAUCCAGUAAAUAUAGGUAAUAACUUGAAUGUUUUUAAAAUACUGUUAUGUUAUCUUAUUAACAAAUGUUCCAUUGACUAUCUUUACAGAGAGAGAAUACGUGUUAUGUUGCAAGUUAAAACAUUAAAAGAAUUGCCCAAGAAAUUAAAUUGUAACUACAAUGUAAACAAUUUGUUUUCAAUCCUUGCGGAAUCUUCUUGUAAUAACACCCAAGAGAUAUAUUGUCAUCUUUGUCAAUAUAGAUCAUCAAAAACUG